CACACCAAACAACACUCUCCAGUUUUUUGAAGUUGCUGCAAAGCUCUUACUUCCAAGCACCAACAAACACACACACUUUCCCUCUUUGCAUUUUCAUAUACAAUUACAGAAAAGAGGUCAUUUUUUGGGUUCUUGGAGUUAUCUUUUCUCUUUCUGGAAUACUAUAAUCUUUGGAUCAGAUUUCAAGAUUGGCGGUCAUCGCUUUUCCGUGAUCUGAAACGCACAGUAUUUCUUGAAAUUUUGCUUUGUGGGUUUAUAGCAAAAGAAACUGAUAUUUCUUUAUAUGAAAUUACUGGAAUUCUGAGUGAGAUGGCUCAAUUAUCUGAACGUGAAAGGUCUCCUAAUGUGCAACCACGGGGGUUUCGAGUUCAAGCUCCAUUGGUUGAUUCUAUAUCCUGCUACUGCAAAGUUGAUGCAGGCUUCAAGACGGUUGCUGGAGCCAGAAAAUUUGUUCCUGGAUCAAAAAUUUGCAUCCAGCCGGAUAUCAACCCGCAUGCACAUAAGGCUAAAAAUGGGCGUAGGGAAAGGACUAGAGUUCAGCCACCCCUUCUUCCUGGACUUCCUGAUGACCUUGCCAUUGCGUGUUUAACCCGGGUCCCACGUGCUGAGCAUAACAAGCUUCGACUAGUUUGCAAAAGAUGGCUCAGGCUUUUAUCAAGCAACUACUUCUAUUCCCUCAGAAAGAGCCUCGGGAUGGCGGAAGAAUGGGUUUAUGUCUUCAAAAGAGACCGUGAUGGAAGGAUUUCUUGGCACGCUUUCGACCCUACUUACCAACUAUGGCAACCCCUUCCACCUGUUCCCAUGGAGUAUAGUGAUGCUCUUGGAUUCGGAUGUGCGGUUCUAAGUGGUUGCCAUCUUUAUUUAUUUGGAGGUAAAGACCCGCUUAAAGGAUCCAUGAGACGUGCCAUUUUCUAUAAUGCUCGCACAAACAGAUGGCAUAAAGCUCCAGAUAUGCUUCGAAAGAGGCAUUUUUUUGGAUCUUGUGUGAUUAACAACUGUCUUUAUGUGGCUGGAGGAGAAUGUGAGGGAAUCCAUAGGACUCUUCGUACUGCUGAAGUUUAUGAUCCCAAUAAACAUCGUUGGAGCUUUAUUUCAGAUAUGAGCACGGCCAUGGUUCCCUUUAUAGGAGUCGUUUAUAAUGGGAAAUGGUUCUUAAAAGGCCUCGGGGCUCAUCGGGAGGUCUUGAGUGAAGCUUAUACACCAGAAACUAACACGUGGAUGUCAAUCGCUGACAGUAUGAUUGCCGGUUGGCGCAAUCCAAGCAUCUCUAUGAAUGGAAAACUUUAUGCUUUAGAUUGUCGUGAUGGGUGCAAGCUCAGGGUUUAUGAAGAAGGCACAAAUUCUUGGAAAAAGUUCAUUGAUAGUAAGGUCCAUUUCGGGAACUCUCCUGCUGUUGAGGCUGCUGCUCUUGUUCCUCUUAAAGGGAAACUGUGCAUUAUUCGUAACAAUAUGAGUAUCAGUCUAGUUGAUAUCUCGAGUCCAAAUAAACAAGUAGAGAGUAAUCCUCAUCUUUGGGAGAAUAUUGCCGGAAAAGGUCACAUAAAAACGUUAUUCACAAAUUUAUGGUCAAGUAUAUCAGGGAGAAAUGGUCAGAGGAGUCAUAUUGUGCACUGCCAGGUGCUUCAAGCAUGAGGAAUUCAAAACCUUACAAACACAGUCAGAAUACAAUCCUCAAAAACUCGAGAAAAGUAUUGGGUUUCGUCUAACUUUUUGAAACCAUUUAAAGUUACUAUCGAGAUUGAUUCAUUGGGUAUCCAUUGUGGCAAACGAGAAGAGUUCUUGCCAUCUAGGAGAUGUACAAAGUUCUCUCUGAGAACCCGUUGUGUGGUCAAUUUGCAGGCACCCAUAAAGGAAGCAAGAAUCUUUGAAUCUAUCUGUUGUUACCUGAUUUCUAUAUGAAUACGGUAAGCAGUCUUUUCACUUUUCAAGAUUUCUUGUGUAAUUAUAAAAGGAUUUGUGUAUACAUGUGGGUUAGAACUCAUUUAGAUU